AACAGUCACGUGAAAGUGGUUCUUGUCAUGUGAUGAUGUGAGGUGAAAAUGGCUGCAACGGGUGAGGAGGCCGCGGCGAUGGAAAGCAUCUCUAGAGCACCCGCUCCACUUACCGAGCCCGAUCACAGGAUAGAUGCGGGUAUAAACGACGGGACAGAGAGUCAGGCACCUGCCCCAAAAAGACCCAGCAACAACAAUGAUGGAGGAGUGGAGACUGCGGAAGAGGCCACUGAGCCUGCUGAACCUGAUAUCAAUGAGCUCUGUAGAGACAUGUUUGACAAGAUGUCAGUUUUCUUACAUGGAGAGCUCACAGCCACCUGCGAGGACUAUAAACUCCUGGAGAACAUGAACAAGCUCACCAGUCUGAAGUACAUGGAGAUGAAGGACAUAUCAAUCAACAUCAGCCGCAAUCUGCAAGACCUCAAUCAGAAAUAUGCCAGUUUGCAGCCCUACUUGGAUCAGAUUAAUCAGAUAGAGGAGCAGGUUACAGCUCUAGAGCAGGCUGCUUAUAAACUAGACACAUACUCAAAGAAACUGGAGGCCAAGUUUAAGAAACUGGAGAAGCGGUGAAAAGUGGUGUGUGUGUGUGUGUGUGUGUACACGAGGAGGACCAGAAACCCCUUUAAAACAGUUCUUCGUAAUGAUAUCAACACACAUAAAUGUAUGUUACACACUAUGAGAUUGUCAUAGCCUCUACAUAGGUUAUGGACAGUGCAGCAAGAAAUUAUAAAGGGAUAGUUCACCCAAAAAUGAAAAUGUUCUCAACAUUUACAUGCCAUCCCAGAUGUGUAUUACUUUCUUUCUUCUGCUGAACAUAAAAAAAGAUUUUUAGAAGAAUAUCUCAGCUCUAUAGGUCCAUUCAAUAUGA